AUGUCCACCAGAGAAAUCGCCAAAAAGGCGGUGGAAGCAAUUGCUGCGAAGCUUGGAUACGUUGAUUCGGCGGUCUUGAACCGCAUUGGGACCGUGCUUCCUGAGGAGCGACGCAUAAUUGAACAGAGUCUGCGUGCAAAGGACGAGAAAAUGGGCCAUUCAAUCAAGACACUUGCAAGAAACCUCUAUAGCAGCAAUGCUCGGUUUGUCUUCGAGCUUCUGCAAAAUGCCGACGAUAAUCGCUUCACGCUCGCGCGGGAACGCAACGAAUUGCCCUUCAUCUCUUUCAGGGUCUAUCCCGAUCGGAUCAUUGUAGAGUGUAAUGAGGACGGAUUCAGGACAGAAGAUCUGUCGGCUAUCUGCUCUGUUGGGGAGAGCAGCAAAGCCGCAUCCCAUGGCUAUAUUGGGGCCAAGGGCAUCGGGUUCAAGUCCGUUUUCAUGGCGGCGUGGAAAGUUCGUAUCCAAUCCGGCAACUUUUCCUUCCAUUUUAAGCAUAGAAUAGGCGAUCUUGGCCUUGGAAUGGUUCUACCAGUGUGGGAGGACCCUGACGACGAAUGCCCUGAUCGCUUAACCCGAAUGACUCUUUAUCUUCACACAGAAGGAGAACCGCACGCGCUCCAGCACCUCCGCCAAACCAUUUUCCAGCAACUCGGUGAUCUCCAGCAAACUUCUUUACUUUUUUUGAAGAACCUCAAGCAGAUAGGAAUCUUCUUCUAUGAUGGCAGUGGUGAAAUGCAGCGAUCUAAGACCUUUCGUGUUCAUCAUGCUGCGCCGGGCCACAGUGUCUUCGUCGAGGCUUCUGUCGUGGAUGGAGAUGGAAAUUCUACCACGGCUGAGCAACGCUAUCAUGUCACCAGGCACACUGUCACUGGUCUUCCGACCAGCGACAGUCGCAACAUCCCGGGUACACAGGAAAGCGGCACGACAUUUUCGGAAGCAGAGGUUGUCUUGGCGUUUCCACUUACAGUGGAUUCAAGGCCCUUGCUGGAGAAACAGGAGAUAUAUGCCUUUUUACCAGUCUGCGAGUCGAAGUUCAAAUUCCUGAUACAGUCCGACUUUGACACUACCGGAAACCGACAGGAUAUCUCUACGACUUCGAGAAGAAACAUUUGCCUAUUGCCUCACAUUGCCUCAGCAUUUGUGAAGGCUGUGUUGGAAUUCUGCGAAGACCCAGAAUUGUGCUACAUGUGGCCAAGCUUCCUUCCCUUGUUAGAUGAUGACAUAGGAACCUUCUGGUCUCCUCUGGCUGAAUUGAUCAAGGAUUUGAUUUCCGUGAUCCCGGUUUGGAGGUCGAGGCACGGCAACGGCCUUCGUGCGAUGAGCUCAAUUGUGAUCCUUCCAUCUGACUUUAUGGAUAGCGAUGGGAACCCAUUACUGGAUGACUCAAUCUUGGAUCCGUUCAUAUCCACUGCCUACCCCGUUGCGCUAGAAGAGGCCCUCGAAGAGUAUGGUCUCGAGGUGGGGACUUUUGAGCUAGUUCUCCGAAUGCUUGAAAGUGAUCUUGAAAGUCCUACCUCCCGAGCCAAGUCACAUGUGACUAGAGUAGACUUCCACUCUCGCCUUUCACAACUUUUGUUGAGGAUUGAAAACGAUGACGGGGAUGAAAUGCGUACUCUUAGGAAUCUUGCUAUUCUUCCUCUACGAAAUGGUGAAUGGGUGUCUGCAAACAGCGGCCAGGUAUACUUACCAAACACUGGUGAAAUAGAUAUCCCGGCCAACGUGGAUAUUCACAUGUUGGAUCCAGCAGCGGUUGCAAAUAAAGACCGCAGAGCUUUUUUCAUACACUUGGGAGCCGUGGAGCCGUCUGUCAGUGCAGUUCGAUCUGCAAUACUGGCGAAAUAUAGUCGCUUGAAUAGCCAGGUGUGCAUGGAAGAUUCGAAAGCUCAUCUUCAUUACCUAUACCUGACUGCAGGGCGUCAUUGCAAUGAAGAUGGCCUUGGCGAUAUUCGUGUUUACUGUGAUCAUGGCCGUACGAAUAAUCCACACAAGGAAGAGAUCUAUCUGCCAAGCAACCAUCCAUAUGGACCAGAGGCCCUCCUAAGGCGAACAGAGUACGCCCAGGGCGUGGAAGUAUUGCUCAUGCAUUCAACAUAUCUUGAGGACAUUCCAACAAGGCCUCAUUCAAACCACCCAUCAUGGCGCAUGUGGUUAACUAGCUCACUCGGAAUUCGCGAAAGAUUGAGUCUUGUUUCAGAUGAUAGUGAUUCUCUUUCAGACAGCUGGACCUAUGUCGCGGAUUGUCGACCUGGAAAGCUUCUUGGAUUGUUGGAGUAUCUCUGGAAAUACCAAAGGUCUGAACUGUGCCAGAAUGCCGAUCUUAUCAUGGAAAUUCAAAGCACAAAUGCAACAAGACUUUGCGAUGUGGACCUACCUGAUGACUGUCAUCUGGAUGAAACAUAUCUGCCGCUAUCCAAUCUCCAGGCUCUUUGCCAACGUUUUAUGGAGAAAGAUGAGCCCUUUCCGUUUUUAUACCUCGAAGGAGAUCCAGACGAGGAAAUUUACUCCAAGUGGACUUUUCUCCACAACGAUUUCUCAGUUGGGAAGGACGACAACAUGGAUUUCCUCCUUGAUAUUCUGUAUUGGAUCCAGAGCUCUAAUCCUGAUGAAACCUCCCUUACUUCGUAUGAGCGACUAUGGGAUCUAUAUAUUGCAAUUGACGCCAAGCAUCUUGCGAGCAAGGAUAGGGUGGCCGCCAGGACAAGCAUCGAGGAUUUUUUUGAAUACGGUGACUACAUUUUCGUUCCUGAACUCCAAGAAGAUGAUUCCUAUGAUGCAGCAUGGGCGGGUCUUGAGAACUGCCUGUGGGACGCACCACCAAAUAUGAUGUCGAAGUAUUCUCUCAAAUACGUCUUCGAGCAAAUUGUCAACGAAAGUCAACUCGAGCAUCUUUCACGAUUCUUCAGGCAUACAUUGAGCAUUCCAAAUGCCUCAUGGUCAGAUCUGACAGGGGAACUGGUGGAACAGAGCCAGAACCACUGCGUUGACUUCGACCAAAUCUUCGACAUGCGCGAAUUUGAGGAUGAAAGCCUGAUUUUUGUGACCACAAACGGCGAACCCGGCUGGUACAAAAUCUCCGAGUGCUUGUGGUCAAGUACUACAGAUAUACGUGGGAAGGUCACCCUCAAUGAUCAUUACGAGGACCUGAAAGAUUUCUUUAUUGAUACGUUGGGGGUCAAUACGCUGACCCUUGAGAUGGUAUAUGAUGAGCUGUUGGAAACAGGCUCAGAAUCAACAAUCGACGAGACAAAAAGUAAAAUCUGGUCUCUCAAUGCUCUCCUUCAAACAGAGGGAGAUUAUGCCAAUCCGGACCCACUGUUGGAAAGGGUGGUAUUUCCAGUUAUUUACCCAGAUGGAACGAAGGGGCUCACAUCUGCCGCGACGGAGUUCGCGAUUCCUGACCGGGAGCACCUGGCAUCACAAUUCAGAGGCAGGAUCAAGAUGCUUGACUACAGUCUGGAAGAAGUUCGCCGUCUGAAAAGCUUCUUCGAGUGGACAAAUCUCACGCAUCGUUACUUAUCUGCAUCCGUCAAGGAGCUAACUUCCUUCUCUGGCGACACAGCACAACUGAUUUCAACGCCACGCCGAGACUUGAGAAGAAAGGCGCAUGCGAUUCUCCGAGUCGCGGCCACGUUCAAUAGCCCGAGGUAUCACGCGAAUCCAUCGGGGCUUUACGAGUUACUUCGGACAGCAAGGAUUGAAGCAACUGACGGACUUUCCUCAAUCCUGAGAAUCUCCCAAGAUGGCGUAGUGGUGGAUGCUGAAGAGUCGAUUAGCAAAUUGCACAUUAGUGAAGCCCCAUCUGGUCUCACUGUUUAUGUGCCGAAAGACAAGAAGGCCCAAGAAAUCUGCUUCUGUGACCUUUUUCCCAAGCAACUGAUUGACUGGAUCAUGCGGGAUCCGGCCACACAAAUUCCUAACAAUAUCGAACGAGAUGCAGUAACUGUAGUUUCCAUGAUCUUGAAUAUCGACCCUUCCGCUAUUGACCUUGUUUUGGAACGCCAGGGUAUUAUUGAAAUUGACUUACAGAACGAUGAUCCCUGUAUUUAUGAUGAUAGCACUGAUGAUAAUAUGCCAUCCCAACGGUCGCAAAGUCAGGGUCAAUCUGCUGUGGACGUGAUGUUUCGACAAACCCAGAUGGCCAACUAUUGGCCCAACCCCGAUCCUCCACCGAUGUACUCGCCACGUGAACAUACAUCGGAGGACACUAUGCAGUACCGUACGCUCCUCAAUGGGGUGUUGUUGGCUGCGAGGAGAGCUACAUUUCCCGCGAGUGGACCGUUCAACAUGGGCGAACUGAACGAAGCACUGUCGGGACAACAAACGUUCCAACGAUACGUUGGCUUCGAUGGUAUUGACAUAACGGAUGCGUUCCGCUCAGACAGCCAGCUCGAAAGAGACAAGAAAAUUGGCGCCGCAGGAGAGCUAUAUGUUUUCGAAUUAUUUACACGGCUGGACCCAGCUCUAACGGGCUGGAGUGAGCAGAACUGGCAAAGUAAAAUUCGUCGAUAUGUGACGGUCCACCCGGAUUACUCCAAUAUGGAACCGUAUUAUGGGAGGGAGACCGCAGACAUUACAUAUGAUGAUACUGAGGGCGGUUUCACGGCCCUGCUGAUUGAUCACGGGUACCUUGCGACUGAAGAAUGGAGAGACAAGCGUCCGAAAUAUUACAUUGAAGUCAAGACGACCACAGGGCCUUUGAGAACUCCAUUCUACAUGAGCAAACAUCAGUAUGAACGAAUGCGGGCUGUGCACAACAGGAGGGACUAUUCAGAGGUUUACAUGAUUCUACGUGUGUUUGAUAUAAGUGGAGGUAACAUUGGAAUGAGUGUCUAUCUUGACCCGGAACAGUUCAGAUUGGACGGAGGACUUGUAUUUACUGGGGAGACCUGGUCCGUCAUUCCUGGCUAA